AUGAGACAGAUUCUCGUCAGCUUACUGAUGGAUCUGAUACUGACCAAAUUACAGGGGACUAAAUCAGACGCCACUGUUGACAUCCAGACAUACUAUGUGCUGGGCGCAAGAAUACAGACAUGCCAAUUAUGCCGUAUCAGAAACCCAGGUUACUUUCAUAAGGACCAGUUCUCGCGAACGGAGCACACAACUGCCAGUGGGUGCCACAAAGACAAGGAGAUAUAUAUAAGGCGAGGCCGGCAAUAAUAGCACUUUAGAAACACUAGUAAUAAAACUAUUUAUAAUUUUACACCCACUUUCUAACACUAUUACAGUAGUGCUCC